GGAACUAUCCUGUGUGUAAUCGCCAGAUAAACACCAACCCCCGCCCCCACACCGGACUCAUUGCACAAUCCUUUGCCGAUAAAGGAAUAUCUUAGAAUGAUAAAAUCACGAAGAAUAAUAGCGAUCACAAUGUAGAGAUUUUCUCCCCACCCCCAGAAAACUGCUUCUCUCCACAUUCCCUAAAGCAUUGAUUGCAGUAUUCGAACAAGGAUUUAUCAUUGGCAGUGCGCCAAUGCCGUCUGAUUCCCCCCGCUCCCUCCACGCAAUUCAUCAGCGCGGCGGCAGCGGUACGAAGUCGUUCGAACUGAGUAACAGUUACAAAAUUUUCCAUUUCGAUGAUCAGAGGAUUGAUUCUGCCUAUUUAAACCCGAUUAUUUCUGAGGAGUAGCAGACGAAAAGCUCACAUGAAAACCAUUUUGGGCUGUUUCUUUUAAAGAGUGUGUGCUGAAACAGCUCCCCGCAUCGCUCUUGCAGACAAGCUGUUCCAGGCUCGACUUUCUGUUGUUCGGUACGGAGACUUAAUUUUCUAGUACUCCAGACUCCAACUGAGUGAUCCAUUUCUGCUGGUUUGGCAACCCAGUUACGGGGUACGUAACAUAAGUGGGGGCUCGUCCGGGAUUUUGAACGCUAAAUUUGGGACGGAGUAAAUUGAUUGGGUUAAAAUUCCCGAAAGAAAGAAAAGACAAACAGCAGAAAUGGAGGUUGAGGAAUUUAUAAAGGCGCCGACCUUGGAGGCAUUAGAGGAUGCCAGGAAAUCGGAAUUGAUAGCUGUGGCAAAACGGGUGAAUCUUGCUAAGGUGAAGUCGACAAUGAGGAGAGAGGAGAUACACAGAGCUAUUGUAGAGCACUAUGUAUCUAAAGGUGUGUUUCCCCAAGGUGAGCUGGGGGAGGUGUCUAUUGAAAAACCUGCUGGAGACGCGGUACAGGUACAGCUUGAAAAACUGAGACUCGAGCACGAGUUCCGGGUACGGCAGUUAGAACACGAAGAGAAGCAGUUAGAAAGGCAGGAGAGAGAGGUAGAAAGGCAAGAGAGAGAGAGGGACAGACAGUUGGAGAGAGAGGAGAAACAGAGGGAAAGGGAAUUUGAGCUGGAGAAGUUAAAGAUAAGGGCCGAGCAGGGGCUCGUGCCGAACCAAGGUGGAGGGUUCCGGGCGACCCAGGAGGUUAGGCUGGUUCCCCCAUUUGACGAUACCGAUGUGGAUCGGUACUUUCUCCACUUCGAAAAGGUAGCUAUAAGUCAGGAAUGGCCGAGGGAUAAGUGGGUUGUCUUACUUCAGAGUGUACUGAAAGGGAAAGCCCAACAAGCUUACUCAGCUUUAUCCGCGGAAGAUGCCCAGAGGUAUGAGGUGGUGAAAGAGGCCAUCCUCAGGAUUUAUGAGUUGGUCCCGGAGGCAUACCGGCAGAGGUUCCGGAAUGCGAGGAAGCGGUGGGACUGCACGUAUUUGGAGUUUGCUCGUGAGAUGCAAACAUAUUGUGAGCGUUGGUGCGCCUCGAAAGGGGUAGAGGGGGAUUAUGACAGACUGCUGCAACUGAUUCUGAUUGAGCAGUUUAAAGGUUGUGUCCCUGAGGGUAUGAGACCCUACCUCGAUGAGAAAGAGGCAGCCACGUUAGCCGCAACUGCUAAGUUAGCGGAUGAGUAUGCGUUGACGCAUAAAAUGAAGGUUGCCCCGAGUAAAGGCUACCAGAAGGGUAGUCAGGACGGCGGGGAGAGUCCACCGGAAAAGUCAGAAAGUAAGCCGGGGACUAGUGAAAAGGAUAAGGUAGACCGGGAGCAGUCUGGUAGGAAGUCUCCUGGGGUCGUCUGUUAUAAUUGUGGGAAAGUCGGACACUUUGCGUCCAGGUGCUUUGCCCCAAGAAAGGAGACGGGGAAAGGAAAAGCAGAAAUUUGGAAUGGCUGUAUUGAGCUGUUAAGCGAACCGCUAGGGAAGGACAGGUCUGAAAAAGUCCAGGAAGGGCGCGAGAGGUUUAUCUCGGCCGGACUGGUGUCAGUGAAAAAGAGGUUAAAACCAGUUCCAGUGCGGAUCUGGAGAGACACGGGAGCGUGUCAGUCACUAAUACUGAAGAGUGUAUUAGAGUUUAGCUCAGAGACCCAGACUGGGGAGGUAGAGGUCAAAGGUGUUGGGGAAGGGACAGAGUCAGUCCCUUUGCACCAGAUACAUUUACAGAGCAACCUGGUCUCUGGAGUAGUCACGAUCGGGGUGAGGUCCGAGUUACCAAUGAAAGACGUGGAAGUCUUGCUCGGUAAUGACAUCGCCGGAGGAAUCGUGUUCCCAGUCGUGAGAUUGACGGGUCAGCCUGCCAGCAUGGAGGCCCCGCCCGCGAUGGUGAAUUUGGCUGAAACAUUUCUGCCAACCUUGUAUGAGACAGGGUGUAGUGAGAUAAGAGGUAGUGAGGGAGCUGGGACGGACGUAGCAGUAGCCAGGAAAGAAUUUGUGCAGACGCAGGAGCGAGACGAGGGGCUGAUGGUUUUUGCCGAGACCGCUCUCUCUGACUCAGCCUUGACAAGGGAACUAGUAGGCUAUUGUGCGGAUGAGGAAGUGCUAAGGAAGAAAGGGAAAUCAAGUACAGUACCCGCAGAUGAGGAAUGGGGGGUGGUGCAAAAGAGUUAUGGGGAUGAGGUUUUUAACAUGGCCCACGAGGUACCCCCCGGUGGACAUUUUGCGGUGCUGGAGGAAACAGUUGGUGGAAUCAUGAAAGAGAGUUACCGGCUGCCCAGGGGGAAAAAUGUUAUUGAUCAUGACCGACGCGAACUGAGACGGUCACCGGCUUUUGAUAUGCUAACAAACCUAGUCGGUGUUAGCGUGGAAAUCAAUGAAGCUAGGGGCCCCUUGAUAAGAGGAAAAAACCAUUUUGAAAAGAUUAGGAUGGGAUCGGUCAGAUGGGAGAAGGCUAUUGUUUUGGCCAGGUCUACUGAUAAGGUCUCUCCCUUAAUCCCCGAAGGAGUAAUUAAACGACUCGCACCCAUGUGUUUGAUUGUCCCGAGGAAAUGCAAAGAACUGGGACGUUGGGUUAUGUCGGUUACAAUAGGGCGGCCAAGUAAACAACACCCAUAUUUUUCGAGUAAUUCAGUGACUAAAGGGCUGAUGACCACAGAGGUGUGUAUUGGCAAUUUAAUACGGCUGUCUGAAGCCAGUCUGAUAGUGAACCUUGAAAAAAAUGAAUUCGGCCACACGAGAGUCACCUACCUGGGAAUUGUGGUGACACAGGGGCAGCUGGCAGCGAUGCAAGCUGCAGUGCAGGCUAUCGCUGACCUCCCCACCCCGACAGACAAGAGGGCCCUCAGAAGGCUCUUGGAGAUGGUGGGGUACUGCAGGAAGUUUUGCAAUAACUCUGCGGUCAAUACCCGUCCCCCUCCUACUAAGCCCUUGCGAGAGAAAACUGAGUCGGAAUGGGACGACCCUUGUUAUUGUGGUCCGGGACAAAACCAAAUGAGAGGUUACAUUGGUCGCAAUUCAUCAGUGUUUUUGGCCACUAUGAAGUUUGCUGAGUUGGAGCCUGGUCUAAGGGAUUAUUAAUAACACGUGUAAAAGGAACAGAAAAUGUGAUGACUGUCUGUCAAGGUGUUGACAGCUUCAAAUUCUCUGUAUUAGCUAAAUAACUGUUAAAGAUGUAUAUUGUGUAUGUAUCAGAUAAUGUAGUCAUGUUUGUAAUUUUUACCUCCCGGUAAAAAUCCUUAAAGGGGGGAAGUGUUACGAGAAUACACAUAAAAUUAAGAUGUUUGCUGGCCUGGGCUAGCAUCAGUGGCAUCAGCAGUUGGUCUGCCACCUGCCCUCAGGGGAAGGAGAGAUAAGGAACAAUGGAGCAGCGUCUGGAGAUGUGUAAUGAAGGGAUGUGGGAGGAAGAGCUGUCUGGAGCGGCUCCCCCCUUUGAACCCUGAACUGUUUGAAGUGAUGGACAGGCGAUACCCCAGCAGGGGGAUAAAAAGGGACAGGUUCGCUAAGACAGACACACACGCCACCCGAGGUAACGAGACCCUGGAAGCGGUGCGCCUCUCACGAGUGAUGAGAAGUACCGGACAACGCACAGGGUGGAAAGGUACGAUCAGCGGGAACCCGGGGUGUGUCCGCCCUUGCCUGGGUGCCGGGUUCACUGCAGAGGAUCGACCGCAUCUGGAGGAGGGGUCACAGUCGGUGACCUCAGGUGACAUCACCAAGGACCCGCCCAAAUGCUGUUUGUGAGCCAUCCCGCUGGUCUGUGAGUGAAGCUGUUCUGAAUGAUCAGUUGUUCCUGUUCUAUCUCUGUCUCUCUUCCCCCACCUUGUCCAUCGCCAUGGCAACGAUUACUGCGAACUGAACUACAAACUGGACUGAACUUUGAGUCAUUUUGAAAUUGGUCAUUUAACCCCUAGACAACGAUAGAGCUUGAUUGAUGCUGUUAUCUUAAUUCUGUGCACAUGUGUUUAUCAUCACUGAACUGUUGCAUUUAUUAUCCUUUCGAUUACUGUGUUGCUUGUUUCUUUAAUAAAACU